UACUAAAUAUUUGUCAAUUGAAAAAAAAACAAAAAUAAACCCGCGCUUUGAAAGCGCGGGUCAAAAUCUAGUUAUCAAUUAAAUUCUAAGCAUUAUUUCCUACCAUUUUCCAGAUUUACCCCAUGUAUAUUUCCUUACUGAAUAUAAACCUCAAAUUAAACUCGAAAUUAAAGGGGAAAUUCGUCAGCCACCUUAAAGAAUUUAUUGCAAAAACUAGUGGUAAUGCUUAAUUGUUUACUUAAAAAAAAUUAAAAUUGUCUAUUAUUAUCCAUGAUGUAUAAUUAUUAUAGAAAGGAUCGAGACUACUAGUUUUUAUGCCAUAAGAUUCGGUGUUCUUUCUUCCAAUAUUCAUCAUGGCUUCCCCAGAGACUUCAUUGCUCCCUAUUGAUAUAAUAGAAGAAAUAUUCUGUAGGAUUCCAAUAGAAUAUUUGACACAAUUCAAAUUAACCUACUGCAAACAAUGGCAUGGUCUCUUGAAGGACAAGAGAUUCAUCUACAAGUACCUGGAUCUUGUCCAAGAAAGAUUCAUAAGAAUCGACCAUACGGUUCAGAUCAUCAAUCCUUUACAAGGAGCUCGCUCAUCUUCACCAAUACCAGAAGAAUUUCAAAAUAUCUCCGAGAUUUCAACCACCGUUCAUUGCGAUGGAUUAUUAGUAUGUAGAUGCAAUGAAACAAGAACAAGAAGAUGCAAACUCGCGGUUUGGAACCCGUUCUUGAAACAUAUCAAAUGGAUCAAACCAUUGAGUUUUUACUCGGUUAAUGAUUUCUACGGUAUCGGAUACAACAAUGUAUCACGUGAUGAAUACAAAAUUCUAAGGAUCUUCGAAGGUGAGCUUGAAGAUGACGAGAUAGCAGUGAUUGGACCUUGUGAGCCAGUGAUUCAGAUAUAUGACUUCAAAACCAAUGCAUGGAGAAUAAUUGUUGAUGUUGCUACUUUGGAUUGGUCUAUUGAUCCACCAUGCAAAGGAGUUUCCAUAAAAGGAAACAUGUAUUGGGUCGCACAUUGGAACAAGAAACCCGAACUUUUCAUCCUAUGUUUUAAUUUCUCGACAGAAACAUUCAAAGUCGUAUGCAAUGUUCCGUUCCAAUGCAGUGUGUUAGAUACAGCGUCGUUGUCGAGUUUUAGGGGAGAUAGACUUUCUUUGUUGCAUCAACGUGAAGAAACAACGAAGAUUGAAGUGUGGGUCACAAACACAUUGAAUGGUGAUGAUGUUGUCUCGUGGGAAAAGUACUUAAACGUGACUAAUCCUGACCUUCCGACGUUACAUACCGAUCAUGAUCUCGCUCAUCCUAGUUACUUUGUUGACAAGAAUGAUAACAUAAUUGUGUGGUGCGAGGAGGUGAUGGGAGAUGACGCAGAUGAUUAUGUUUGCGUAAGCGUUUGCGAGAUUAGUAAAGAUGGGAUUGCUAGGAAAGUAGUUGAGACAGGUCGAUGUAAUUUGGGUAACUACGAUAGGCCUUUUGUAUGUGGACAUGUGUACCUUCCAAGUCUGGUUCCAGUUCCAGAAUAAAACUUGUGUGUUGUUUAACUUGUUUUAAGAUAUUUUAUGUUCUACACUUUGUA